AAUCAAACAAGAUCACGCAUGACUAUAUUUAGGCUUAGACAUUGAGAGAAUUUGAUGAGUCAAAGUGCUUAGAUGAAUAGCUCCAAAAAUCAAAAGUGAAUGAAUAUAGCGGGAGAGAGGUAGUAAUUGAUUUUAUUUUUUUGGGUUCCCAUCCUCCCCGUCCUGUUUGAGGCCCGUUUUUUUGCCCAGAACUUUUACAUUUGCAUAUUUCCGUCGUCGGAUGAUUCUACAUUUCUAUGCCCACCUAUGCACCGCCAUUAACGAGCCGCUCCUCUGCCGCCUGACCACCCCCGUACAGGUGGCUGCUGCUCGAUGACGCCUCUCUAUUCCGAUCUUUGCAUUUCCAAACAACGCAAGCAAAAACGCAAAUUCCCGAGAUAACACCGGAAUUAACUGGAACAUGCUUCGUCUUCACAGCGGGAAUACGCGGCAGUAUCUGCUGCGAUUCAAUCUCCGUCGCUUUGUUUCGUCUUCAAUGCGUAGGGUUUCCACGAAUUCCGUCGAAGGAACGCCGAUUAAGUUUGAGAAUUCGCCGCCUGCGCCUCAUCUGCCAGCAUCUCAAUAUCCUCCUGCCACUGUACUAUUCCAUAGUAAACGAUCGCGAUCGGUAUUCAUUGCCCUAUCGGCAGCCAUAGCUUCAGCCGUAGUUGCUCCCUUCGCUCUAACUCUGAUGCGUGAUGAUGAGGAUGGUAAGUAUAAACAGACAGCCGGCCGUGUAUACAGGGAAUUUGAAAAUGUGGUUGAGAAAACGAAGGAUUCAUUCACGAAGACAAUGAAUCGAAUGAAGCAGACUGGCAUGGCUGCUUCGGUUCUAUGGAAGUCGCUGAGGUCGUUAAUGUCAUCUGCGAACCAUGAGGUUAGGGUUGGGUUUGAGAUUAGGGUUGCUGCUUUGUUGGCUGACAUUGCAGCCGCGAGUGAGAGCCGUAGAGCGGCAUUAGUUGGUGCUGGGAGUGGUGCCGUAGUGGAUUGGCUCUUGGAGACAGUGUCGUCCAACGGAGAGAAUUUAGGCACUCAGGCCGAGUCAGCUAGGGCUUUGGCGUACUUGAUUGCCGAUCCAAACGUUUGUCAGGCUGUUUUUGGGAGGCCUCAUGCUGUACCUAAUUUGCUUAGGUUUAUUUUCUCUGCUCAGCCGAGAAGAUCAAAUAGAAAAGGUAGAAGUAGUUCGUUUGGUCUUUCUGAUUCUUUGAAAGGUAGGAGCAUGCUGGUUGCAGCCAUUAUGGAUGUGGUCACAUCCCACUGCCAAAGUGCGGACAAAGUAUCAUUCAAACCUAUUCUGCCGGAAGAUGCUGAGAUGAGGGAUAUUGCAGCUGCCAUUGAAGUUAUUGCAGAAGGUGGCAUGCACUGGGAUGAUCCACACCAGGAUGGAGAAGACGACGAUGGAGGAAAAGGGGUAAAGGGUAUUGGAAUAAAGAUUCUUGAAGGUACAACAGUUCUAGGACUUGCAAGGACUAAAGGGUUUGUUGAGAUGGGGCAUUCUGAUGAUAGUCAGGCAGCCAGACACGCACAUAAGAAUCUUUUAUUUAGCAAAAUAAGUGACAAAUCCGCAAAGUCAAAUUUAUCUUCGGCUGUGGUUCCCGGACUUUGGGAUGACUUGCACUCUGAGCAAGUUGCUGUUCCUUUUGCUGCAUGGGCAUUGGCAAAUUGGGCAAUGGCAUCAGAAGCUAAUAGGACUCACAUCCAGGAACUGGAUCAGGAUGGGCAAGCAAUCAUGGCUGCUUUAAUGGCGCCUGAGAGAUCUGUAAAAUGGCAUGGAAGUCUGAUCGCUAGAUUGUUGUUAGAGGACGAAGAGAUACCAUUGAAUGAAAAUGUUUCUGAUUGGAGUUCCUGUCUUCUUUCUAUAGUUUCCCAAGCAAGCAAAGCUCAGGACUUCCCUCUGACUCACAUAGCUUUAUCUGCAUUUCUAGUUGCUCUUAAGAGAAGUGCUAAAGUGCAGGAAGUAGCAGUUGAGAAGGGUCUCCAUUUGAUGAGAGUGACUGCUAAACAGACAACAAAGCAUGUGUCCUUGCAAGAAGCAUUGGCCAAGGCCCUGGAAUUGCUCUAUACUAGGGAAAUGCAUAUGUCUGUUGAAGAAAGCCAAAAAUGGUCUGGCAUUCUACUUCCUUGGAUUUUUGCAAAAUCUUCAUCAGAUGAAAUGCGGUCAUCGGCAAUAAAUAUCCUUUCGUGCAUUCUUGAAGAUUAUGGACCAUCGUCGUUAGCAAUUUCUCAAGGAUGGUUAACUCUUUUGCUGAGUGAUAUUUUGAAUUACAGGAAGGCAGCUUUGGUGAAAGGGAAUGCCGAGCUGAGGACUGAUAAAGUGAAGACACAAAUUGACCAAGCAAAUAUAGUUUCAGCAACCCAAACUGCAAAUCAGUUGGCUAUGGCGGUUGUUAACCUAGCAGGAAUGCAACUUGGAGCGGAUACUGAAACUGAUGAUACAUUUCCUUUGGCUGAUCUUUUGUCACUUGAACCUUUUGUUGGACCAUUUAAGAACCUUAAGAAAGAUAAAGUUCCCAAGAUUGAUGCUGCAGAUUCAGCAUUGGCCACUCUGAAAGGAAUCAAAGCUUUGAAUGAGAUCUCUGCAGAAGAUUCUGUUUGCUUACACAAGAUAGCUGAUUUUGGAGUCCUCUGUUUGAUACGGCGCCUGUUAUUAGAAGAUGAUUAUGAACAGCUUUCUGCAAUUGAAGCUUACGAUGCAUCACGUGCCCCUGAGUCACCAGAAAACCUGUCAUCUGUUUCAGGUGAAGCUUCUGCUAAUUCCAAUCCAGGUGACACAUCAAGUGUUCGCGUACCUCCCACAGCUCACAUUCGGAGGCAUGCAGCCAGGCUACUAACUGUACUUUCUGUACUUCCAAAAGUAAAGAAAUCGAUCGUUGCCGAUAAAGCUUGGUGUAGAUGGCUUGGAGAAUGUGCUGAAGGAAAGGUUCCAGGUUGCAAUGACCUCAAAAUUCGAAGUUAUGCCAGGGCAACACUGCUGAAUGUAUUUUCUGAUGAGCAAACUAGUGAAGAGUUGGUAGACUGUGAUGCCUCUCGUGGAAGCACAAAUAAAACACAUCCGUGCCCUCAAUACGCUGAUAUGGUGUUUUUAAUUAAUCCUGAAAAACCACACUGGAAAUGUAUGGCGAGUGCAAUUCCAACUUCAAUAGUUAGAUCCUCCACAUCUAGUGAUGAUUCUCUAAAUACUGAGAAGGGAGCUUCAAGCACAGAUUCCAAUGGCAAUAGCUCCUCAGCCGCUGUAUCUGAACCAAUGAGUUCACAACCAGAGAGUCCAUUAUUCGAUGUGGUGUUUGUUCAUGGGCUCCGCGGAGGUCCCUUUAAAACAUGGAGGUUGUCCGAGGACAAGUAUUCUACUAAAUCUGGCCUUGUAGAGAAAAUUGAUGAAGAAGCAGGGAUGCAAGGAACAUUCUGGCCUGGGGAAUGGCUUCCAACUGAUUUCCCUGCUGCUCGUCUGUAUACUCUCAAAUAUAAGACAAAUCUGACACAAUGGUCAGGAGCAAGCCUUCCUCUUCAGGAGGUAAGCUCCAUGCUGUUGGAGAAGCUUGUUGCAGCUGGGAUUGGAAAACGUCCGGUUGUAUUUGUGACUCAUAGCAUGGGAGGCCUUGUUGUCAAGCAGAUGCUGUAUCAAGCAAAAGCAGAGAACAAGGAGGACCUUGUCAAUAAUACAGCCGGUGUUGUAUUCUAUAGUUGUCCCCAUUUCGGCAGCAAACUUGCAGACAUGCCCUGGCGUAUGGGUCUUGUGUUUCGUCCUGCUCCUAGUAUAGGAGAGUUGAGAAGUGGGUCCCCAAGAUUGGUGGAGCUGAACGAUUUCCUUCGCCGCCUUCACAAGAAAGGGACUCUUGAGGUGCUUAGUUUCUGCGAGACUAAGGUUACCCCUAUAGUUGAAGGGUAUGGAGGCUGGGCUUUUCGAAUGGAAAUUGUACCUCUGGAGUCUGCAUAUCCUGGAUUUGGUGAAUUAGUUGUGUUAGAGUCAACUGACCAUAUAAAUUCAUGCAAGCCUCUGAACCGCAACGAUCCUUCUUAUAAAGAGACUUUACAAUUCUUGCACAAAUUGAAAGCACAUCACGAUUCACGACUCGCCGCAGUAGAUUAAUACAGGUCUACGUUAUUAGUUUAGUGUCCAAAUGCAUAUUUUUUGUUGUUUGCCAUUUUUACUGUACAUAACGCCUCAAUACAGCAUUAUUGUAGACACUGGCUCCGCUCUUUGGUUGUUUGGUCGGAGCUCUGUGUAUAAAAAAUGUGCUCACUGCUAAGGUGUAUAGGAAGGUACUGUUCAUACACUUUGUGCGGAGUUUAAAAACUAAAAAGUGUGUUUUUGA